AUGUAUGUCUACUUCCAGUCUCUUACCUCGAACAAUUUUUCCGGGGAGUUGCCAGAGACAUUUGCAAAGCUUACCACCUUAACUGACUUUCGGAUUAGUGACAGUUCCUUUUCUGGGAAGAUACCUGAUUUUAUUCAGAGCUGGACAAAUCUUGAGGGACUAGUGAUUCAGGCUAGUGGUUUUACAGGGCCAAUUCCUUCCGGCAUUUCUCUCUUGACAAGAUUAACUGACCUGAGAAUUACUGACUUGAAUGGAUCUGAAUCAUCCUUUCCUGUACUUGAUAAUAUGAAAAGCCUGGAGACAUUGGUGUUGCGGAACUGCAAUAUUAGUGGGCAGCUACCUGAAUAUCUUGGGAACAUGUCGACUUUAAAAAUUUUAGACCUUAGUUUUAACAAGCUAACUGGAGAUAUCCCAAACAACUUUUCUGGUCUAGGAAAUCUGGAUAAUAUGUUCUUAACUGGAAACAUGCUGACCGGAACUGUCCCAGCUGAUUGGAUGAAAGCCAAUAGCAUUGAUCUUUCAUAUAACAAAUUCACCAUGAAAUCAAAUGAUGAGAAGUGUGAACCGCGAGAUGGCUUGAACUUGUUUGCAAGCUCUUCAGGUGACAAUACUUCAUCUGUUUCAUGUUUACCGCUUGCAAAAUGUCCAACAACUUGGUACGCUCUUCAUAUAAAUUGCGGUGGAAAAGAAGUACCCCUCUAUGAAAAUUCCACAAGACCCAUUAACGCAACAUAUGAGAGAGAUACUGAUGUAGCCGGGCCUUCAUCAGUUUACGAAAGCAUAAAUUGGGCAUCAAGCACCACUGGCUACUUCGCUGAUGAUGGUCGUCCUAGCAAAACCUAUAUCUGGACUAAUUCAUCUGGACUCACUAUGGACAAUCCUGAGUUGUACAUGAAUGCACGCCUUUCUCCUAUUUCUCUAACUUACUAUGGGUAUUGUCUCGGAAAUGGAAGCUACACAGUAAACCUCCACUUUGCAGAGAUAAUAGUUACAAAUGACAAAACAUUUAGUAGCCUGGGAAGACGUGUAUUUGAUAUAUACAUUCAGGGGUCACUAGCGGUCAAGGAUUUCAAUAUUGCAGAUGAAGCAGAUGGCUUUGGUAAGGCAGUCACAAAAAAUUUCACUGCUAACGUAACUGAUAGUACUUUGGAGAUCCGUUUAUUCUGGGCUGGGAAAGGGACAACAGGUGUCCCUUACAAAGGAGACUAUGGUCCUCUUAUAUCAGCUAUCUCUAUAGUUUCUGACUCUCCACCCCCUCAAGAAACCCGGCCAGGAGGUGGAAGCAGUGGUAUAUCUGCAGGUGCAGUGGUUGGAAUCGUGGCCGGAGGAGUCUUCAUUAUAUUACUGGUUUUAGGUAUUCUCUGGUGGAAAGGCUUCAUAGGACCAGCAAAUACUUUAGAACAAGAUUUGAAGGGUGUGGACCUGCAAACCAGCAGAUUUACCUUGAGGCAAAUCAAAACUGCCACAAACAACUUUGACAUAUCGAAUAAGAUUGGAGAAGGUGGUUUUGGUCCUGUUUACAAGGGCCUUCUAUCAGAUGACACUGCAAUUGCUGUUAAGAAGCUUUCUGCCAAAUCAAAGCAAGGGAAUCGUGAAUUUGUGAAUGAGAUUGGCAUGAUUUCUGCUCUGCAACACCCUUACCUUGUCAAGCUUUAUGGAUGUUGUAUUGAAGGAAAUGACUUGUUGCUUGUCUAUGAGUACUUGGAAAAUAAUAGUGUUGCUCGUGCUCCGUUUGGCCCAAAAGCAAGUCAGGUGAAGAUGGAUUGGCCAACAAGGCACAGGAUCUGUGUUGGUAUAGCAAAAGGUUUGGCUUACCUCCAUGAGGAAUCAAGGUUGAAGAUCGUUCAUAGAGACAUUAAAGCUACUAAUGUGCUACUCGAUAAAAAUCUUUGUCCAAAGAUAGCUGAUUUUGGAUUGGCCAAGCCUGAUGAAGAGGAUAAUACCCACAUAAGCACCCGGAUUGCUGGAACUCUUGGAUAUAUGGCACCUGAAUAUGCAAUGCGAGGUUAUCUAACUGAUAAAGCAGAUGUUUAUAGUUUCAGAAUUGUUGUGUUGGAAUUAGUCAGUGGGAGGAGCAACACAACUUACCGCUCCGAAGAAGAAUGUUUUUAUCUUCUUGAUUGGGUAACGUGA